AUGUCUCUUCCAGCUAAUCAAGAUGCAAUUGCGUUCCUUGACGAUGAAGGUCCUUUCUUAGAAAACAUGGACAACCAGCGAUUUGAGUCUUACAAGUCUUUGGUGGAAAACUUAAAGCAAUGUGGUAUCUUCUGGGUGACCGGUCUUUCGCAGAUCCAAUGCCAGGACCUGCGAUUUGGCCAGAUCACUGGCUUCGCCAGGACCAUUCGCUCUGAAAUGCUAGUCGAUUUCGCUACCUGUGAGGUUGACAAUGUUAACACCUCACUGGACGUGUUUGGGAAAUUCCAGAUUCGUAAAGAGGACGGCACUCUCAAACCUGAGUUCGAAUACGCCAGUAUCGACAAUACGACGUAUACAUUGCUUCUCAAUGCAAGACGAGCUGUUGAGGUCGAACUCGAAUGA